GAGAUGGGUCCAUGCUUCUCCACAAACGCCACUGAUGAUUCCCCCAAUCUAUCCAUGGCCAAAGUCAUCUCUGCUAAUGGCAAUCUCCGUGAGUAUCCCAUACCCGUUACAGUAUCGCAGGUCCUUGAAAUCGAGACCUCUUCCUGCUUCCUCUGCAAUUCCGAUAGUCUCUUAUUCGAUGACUACAUUCCUGCCUUUGAUUCUUCUGAAGAACUUCAGGCGUGUCGGAUCUACUUCGUCCUCCCCACCAGUCGCCUACAAUAUCGCCUCACUGCUCCGGAUAUGGCCGCCCUUGCUGUGAAGGCCAGCACUGCGCUCUCUCAGAGUUCCAGGAAAAAGGUUGGAUGGAAUAAGAAGACACGGAUAUCUCCGGUUUUGGAACUGAGCAACAACCAGGGUGGGUUUGAUGGAUAUUAUGAGUAUCAUGGGUUUAAGACUUCCACUGACAAAUCGAGAAUCGGGGUUUCAAGAUCUGGGUCAUCCAUUAGGAAAUUGCAGAAAUAUUCUUCCAAACGAACCAAGAAGUUUGGUGUUCGAUCGUUUCGAAUGAGGUUGAGCACCAUUUACGAAGGAUCGGUGGAAGAUUAAUUUUGGGAUUUUAAUCGAUGGGAUCAAAAUCGAGAAAAUCGACAU